AUGACCACGCGCGUGCUAGUGACCGGGAUCGGCCUGGUAACGCCCCUGGGCCUGUCAACGCCGUCAACCUGGCGCGCGGUGCUGUCCGGGCAGACAGGCGUGAAGCGGUCUCAGCACUCUGCGGACAUACCAGUGCACGCGACUGCCGAAAUCGCGCGGGACACUCUCCCGCCUGUGCCACCUCUCCUCUCGCCGAGCCCAGCAUUUGCGACGUUUGCGCUGCUUGCCGCGCGCGAAGCGCUCGUGGACGCCGGGCUGCUGUUCCCGGACGGGGGCGACACGCCGGAGUGCGCGGGGUACGACGCGACGCGUGCGGGAGUGUCGGUCGGGGUAGGGAUGGGGUCGCUGGCGGACGUGGUGUCUGCGGCGGCGGCGGUGGACGCGGGGCGGUACCGGCGGGUGUCGCCGUUCCUGGUGCCGCGUCUGCUGGUGAACUCUGCGGCGGGGGUGGUAGCGCUGCGGCACGGGCUGCGCGGGCCGGUGCUGAGCGCGGCGACUGCGUGUGCGGCGGGUGCGCACGCGGUGGGCGACGCCGUGCACGCGAUCCAACGCGGGGA